AUGACGAUCAACAAAGUCCUAGGUCAAUUACUCGAUUGCGUUGGCGUCGAUCUCUCCCUGCAUCCCGUCUUCACUCAUGGGCAGCUAUAUGUGGCAUUGUCUCGAGCCACGAGUGUUGAUCGAAUCAAGGUGCUACUGCCCUCUCGCGACCCGCCGAUGAUGACGACCUACCUGCCGUCGAUCGAGCGGCAGCCGCAACCACCGCGACCCCAAACCCAGUAUUCUGCUCUGUUCUCAGGGCAAUGAACGGAGAAUAGUUUCUAUGCUGUACUUCGUAUUGUGUUAUCUUAAUCUCUGCGCUGCAUGUAGACUGUUCGAUUAUCCUGAUAUUUGAAUUUCAUCCUCCCGUUAAUUUAACGGGUCCCCACUGGUUCAUCCUUAAUUCAGGAAAUGA